UAUUAACUUCGGUAUACAUUUUAAUAUUCGUAUUCUAAUAAAAGAAUAAUUUUCAUUUGAUAACAACGUAAUGCGAUAUAUUAAAGGAAGAUUUUAUUUUUUUUUUUACUUUUUGUGAGAUAUGAUUGCUUCGUAAUUAGUUCAAUAAAAUACAUGGACGUGGCCUUGGUUUAGCGCCGCCAUUCGCCAUUGUUGGCUGUAGCAAAAAGAGUUUACAAGUUUACUUUUAUAGGAAGAAGUAUUAAUUUUGGGCAUAAAAUAAUACGAGAAUUUAAUCGAAGAUAAAUAUGGCUCGUAGCCGGAAAGAUAGUACUGGCAAAAGUGAUUCCGAAGCUACGGAUAAGGAAAGUAAAAGGGAGAGAGGUAGAGAAAGAGAAAGAAAAAAACGUGCAGCUUCCUCGUCGAGCAGCGGUAGCAGUUCAUCGGACAGUAGUUCUGGAUCGUCCAGUUCUAGCAGCGGUAGUAGCUCUAGAUCGAGCUCUUCCUCUAGUACUUCUUCCAGCACUUCUGGAAGCUCUUCCGGAAGCUCCAGAGAUAGAGGACGUAAAAGAAGUCGAAGUAAGAGCGUUGAUGCUUCUAGAAGACAUGAUAAUAAGGAAAAGGAAAGAGAGAAAGAUAGGGACAGAGAGAGAGAAAGGGACAGGGAUAGGGAUAGAGAAAGAGAUAGAGAUAAGGACAAAAAGAAAAGUAGUAAUUCUGUUGUUGAUAAGCCUAAACCUAAAGGACGCUCUAGAUCUCCAUCUCCACGUCGUAAACGUAGAGAACGUUCUCCCAUUCCAAGGCCAACAAAGAUACAUAUUGGGCAUUUAACAAGAAACGUUACUAAGGAACACAUUAUGGAAAUAUUUUCAGCAUAUGGUCAGAUUAAAAUGGUUGACUUCGCUAUGGAUAAACUUCAUCCUAAUCAAGGACGUGGAUUCGCUUAUGUCGAAUUUGAAACAGCCGACGAAGCUGAAAAUGCUAUGAAACAUAUGGAUGGUGGACAAAUCGAUGGACAAGAAAUUACAGCUGCUCCUGUAUUAUUGCCAAAACCAAGACCAAUACCAAUGCGUAGAAUGUCACCAGUCAUGGGAAGACGCGUACCAUUACGAUGGGGAGGAGGUAGAAAUACUCCCCCGCGUUAUCGUAGACGCUCACCCCCAAUGAAUCGACGUAGAAGUCCACGCCCACCUAGACGUAGACCUAGAAGUCGUUCCCGUAGUCCACAAAAUAAUCCACGGCAUCGACAUCGUCGAUACACAAGAUCCAGUUCAAGCAGCUCCCGAUAACACUUUCUUUGUAUAUAUAAAAGUUAUGAACUGAAUUUGACUGAAGAUGAUUUAUCGGAUUGCUCACUUUGAUAUAACAAACAAACAAACAAACAAAAAAGAAAAAAAAAAAAAAAAGAAAGAAAAAAAAGGAAAAAGAAACAAAAGAAAAAAGAGCAAACUCAACAUCUACGAUGAAUUGUGCAUACAGAGUACUCAUAGGUAUAUUGUAUUUGCUAUCAUCAAAUUUUGCACGUUACGAGAAUCGUAAAAAUAAUUUUAUGUUUUAUCGAAUAGUUACAUACCGUCGCGUUAAUUUCUGAAAUAUACUGACUUUCUCACAUGA